CUUUCAUUUCCCUCUUCCUUUUCUUUUCUUCAUAUUUUAUACAACAAGGAAAGGGAAGUCGUUAGGAAAAAGAAACCGUUGCUUUCAGAAGGAGGAGGAGGCGAAGAUGUUGGGCUGCAGCAGGUUUAAUCAAGUCAUCAUCGACUUCACCAUCAAGAUAUGGGAGUAUGAGUUACUCAAGUAAUGGGCUUGGUGGGCCCAAAUCAGCGGCUCCAGCAUCUCGAAGAAGGAGCCAUGCCGCCAUUACUGGUUCCGCAGAAGCUCACAGCAGCAGCAGAAGUAGGAAAGAGGAAGAAGGGAAGAUAAAGAAGAAGGUGUCUGUGAUUGGGUCUGGCUGGGCUGGGCUGGACUUGGUGCUGCUCACCACCUCUGCAACCAGGGUUUUGAGGUUACUGUGUUUGAAGAUGGGAAUGGGUUUGGAAGUUCUGAUAAUGCUGGUAUCAUCCAAGGGUUUUGGUAUCCUUACAAGAACAUAUUUAGUCUGGUUGAUGAGCUGGGGAUCAAGCCCUUCACCAACUGGAUGAAGUCUGCAGUUUACUCCAGCGAAGGCUUGGAGGUUGAGUUUCCUGUAUUCCAAGAUCUUCAGCAGCUUCCAGCUCCAUUGGGAACCUUGCUCUACACUCAAUUCAAGCGGCUUCCAUGGGUGGAUAGAUUGAGUUCCCUUCCUCUAAUGGCUGCAGUGAUUGAUUUUGACAAUACUGAAAUGGUGUGGAGGAAAUAUGACUCAAUCACUGCAAGGGAGCUUUUCAAACAGUUUGGCUGCUCUGAGAGGUUCUACCGCCAAGUAUUCGAUCCAUUGCUCCAUGUUGGUCUGUUUGCUCCGCCUGAGCAAUGCAGUGCAGCUGCUGCACUUGGAAUCCUGUACUAUACUUCCAUUGCUCACCAGAAAGAUUUUGAUGUGGUAUGGUGUCGCGGGGAAGUUAAAGAAACAAUCUUUGAUCCGUGGAAGGCUUCGUUGAGGUCUAGAGGCUUCCGGUUCAUGGAAGGAAGAGAAGUGAGAGAUUUGGUCUUCGAUGAAGGAACCAGUUCCAUUUCUGCAGUGUUUUGCAGUAGUGAUGAGCUUGUCUAUGCUGAUGCUGUUGUUUUGGCUGUCGGAGUUUCAACUGUUCAGGAACUUGUUAAGAACAGUGCAGCAUUACGUUCAAGGGACGAGUUUUUGAAGGUUCUGAAAUUGGCUUCCAUUGAUGUGAUCACUGCUAAGCUUUGGCUUGACAAGAAGGUCAACAUCCCAAAUCCAAGCAACGCUUGUUCUGCUACAGAUGAGUCAUUCGGAUGGACAUUCUUUCACUUGAAUGCUCUUCGUGAUGAAUACAAAGACUGUCCACAUACAGUGCUUCAAGCCGAUUUUGUAAGCACUUCUCGCCUUCUUCCUUCCUUCCUUCCUUCCUUCCCAAGCAAGUAAUGAAUUAUGCAGCAUUCAGUAACCCUCUCUGAUAAUCACACAUCCCAGUUCAAUGCUAGCGAAUUCGUACCAUUAAAUGACGAUGAUAUCGCGAAGAGGAUCAUCUCCAACCUCGGCAAGUGUGCCAAUGACAUUGAGAAUGCCAGAUUGGUUGAUAUGGACAUCUCCACAUCUCCAAAGUCAUUAACCCAUUUCUUUCCAGGUACACAACUAGCCCAUGCUAUCCCCUUAACCUUCAAUUCUCAAUUCGGCCACAACCCUAUAACAUUCAACUCAUUUGCAAAAACAGGUUCAUACAAGCACAUGAUGAGAGGCUCCACAUCGUUCCCCAACCUGUUCAUGGCCGGGGACUGGAUCGUGAACCGCCAUGGAUCCUGGUCGCAGGAGAAGGCCUACGUGAGCGGCUUGGAAGCAGCGAACCGAGUUGUGGAUUUGGUUGGAGAAGGAAGCUUUGCCAAGAUCAUCCCGGUUGAAGAAGAUGAAGCCCAUGUUCAAGCUCUACGCAACUUCAACAGGCAGCUCAAUGAUCUCAGAACUCAACUCCCAUUCUCUGAUUACUUCCUCCAGUGAGAACAAACAGCUGUUACUGAGUGACAGAGUGAGGUUUCGUGGGAGGACAAGAAUUUGUGGGUUCACCUCUUGUUCUGGACUUAUAUGAUCAUUUUUCUUUCAUUGGGUACCCACCAUGAUAGUGACCACAAAGAGAGGAAUGAGGUAGGAAGUUUCCCACAUUUAUCACAUGCUAUGGGACCCAACUUAAAUUACUGGUCUUGGUUGUUAUAAUUAUAAAUAGCUUGGAUGGGAGAAGGUCCAGUCUCUGGUCGAGAUCGGGAUGGACUGACACUGAAUAAUAGUACGUAAAUGAGGAUCGAAGUCGAAUCAAAG